CUCUCUCUCCUUUUGACCACUUACCAUGCACAUCCCAUCCUAAUCAUAUUACCCUCCCUUUCUUUCUCAUUUUCAAUCAGUAUAUUGCUGUCCCAAUUAAUAGUUCCAUAUGCUCAAAUUCUCCCACACCGUAUAUUUUUUUUCCAUUCCUCAUAAAGUUGUAAUUCAAAAAGGAGUGGUUUACUACCAUUGUUUCUGAAUUUCCAAAAUUUUCAUGUGUUUCCGUCUCUCAUCUGCCUUGAGACAAUUCCAGUGAAUCCGCCACCACCGGAGAUAUAUUCUCCCGGCACGUGUGAUCGAAGAAGGUCAAAUGGAGAAACUACUCGCCGGAAAGUGCUACAGAGAAGUCUGGUUUGGUGUACUAGUCUCAUUUUUCUUGUUCUUUGUAUUGCUUUGCUUUGAUUAUUCAACUUCAAUAUUGGAUGUCUACCAUGGGGUUGAUUUUUUAGUCAUUCAACAUGUUCGUCCAUUCUACAUCAAAGAUUCGUGUUUCGGCCGCUAUAUUUACAUCCACGAUCAUCUUCCCGCAAGGUUCAACUAUGAUCUCCUCGCAAACUGCCAUUCUCUUUCGACAGGGAGCAAGUCCCUUAGUGAUCAAGGUGCUAAUACUAGCGACAAUAUGUGUCCUCACCUUGUGAAUUCGGGUCUUGGUCCUCAAAUCGAAAAACCCGGAAAGGUUUUGGCAAACAAGAGUUGGUUCCUCACCAAUCCCUACUUGUUAGAAGUUAUAUUCCACAACAAGAUGAAGACGUACAAAUGCUUGACGAACAACUCCAAUCUGGCUUCGGCCAUUUAUGUACCGUCCUAUACUGGCCUCGAUGCAAGUCUCCACCUGUGGAAUUUUGAUCUCAAAGUCAGGGACGCUUCUGCGAAAGAUCUUGUGAAUUGGCUUUCGAGGAGGCCCCAGUGGAAGAAAAUGUGGGGGAGAGAUCAUUUUUUUGUUACCGGGAGGACUUCUUGGGAUUUCAGGAGGACCUCGGACAAUGGUUCUGAUUGGGGUACUAAUUUGAGGUUUUUGCCGGAAUCAUUGAACAUGAGUAUGUUGUCGGUUGAAGGAAGUUGUUGGAGAAAUGACCUUCCUAUACCGUACCCCACAAACUUUCAUCCUGCGAGCGACAGUGAGGUUGUUCAAUGGCAGAACAGAGUGAGGAAGUACAAAAGGCAUCACUUGUUCUCUUUCGUGGGCGCGCCGCGGCCUGGCAUGCAAAAUUCCAUUCGGGGCAAACUCAUUGAUCAAUGCCAAGCUUCGAGUAAUUGCAAAUUCGUGCAUUGUGGUUCUCCUGGGAUUAAUUGUAACGACCCGGUUACGGUUAUGAGGGUAUUCGAGAAGUCGGUCUAUUGCUUGCAGCCUCCGGGGGACUCACAUACUAGGAGAUCAGCAUUUGAUUCUUUACUUGCUGGUUGUAUUCCGGUCUUCUUCCAUCCUGCGACUGCGUACACGCAGUACUUAUGGCAUUUGCCGGAGAAACAUACCAAGUAUUCGGUGUUUAUUCCGGUGAAGGAAGUGGAAGAUUUGAAAGAAGGCAUGAUUGAAAAAACAUUGCUUGGAAUUUCAAAUGAGAAGGCAUUGGCAAUGAGGGAGGAGGUCAUAAGGCUGGUACCAAAGCUGGUGUACGCAGAUCCUAGGUCGAGAUUAGAGAGCGAAGACGCGUUCGAUUCAGCAUUACAGGGAAUUCUUGAGAGGAUAGAGAAUGUUAGGAAGGUGAUUAGAGAAGGCAAGGAUCCUAGUACUGGUUUUGCAGAUGAGGAUUGGACUAAAUUCAUGCUUGCUGAGGCGCCAGAACAAUAAAAGAAAGAGAGAAGAAUAUGCAGAAAUAUUCAUAUAAUCAUGAUUUAUUGCCGUUUGCUUGUAGAAAAUUAUAUGAUGAGACUGUUUUCCUUGUGAGUAAUUAUUCCACCAAUCAAUAGAGGAUUUACUGUUUUCCUUUAUAUACAGCGUAAAAGUGAAGUUAUUAUAUUCUUACUUUUUCAUGUUUGAUCAU